AGCGCCUGCUCGGAGCGCCGGCCCGAUGGCGGCGGCGAUGGCCGAGCAGGAGGGCGCCCGCAACGGCGCCCGCAACCGCGGCGGCGUCCAGCGCGUCGAAGGCAAGCUGCGCGCCAGCGUCGAGAAGGGCGACUACUAUGAGGCCCACCAGAUGUAUCGGACCCUCUUUUUCAGGUACAUGUCGCAGGGCAAACACUCGGAAGCCCGGGAACUGAUGCGCUCAGGGGCCCUGCUCUUUUUCAGCCAUGGUCAGCAGAACAGCGCCGCGGACCUGUCCAUGCUGGUCCUGGAGGCUCUGGAGAAGGCAGAGGCGGACGUGGCCGACGAGGUGCUGGGAAACCUGGCCAAGCUGUUCAGUCUGAUGGACCCCAACUCCCCGGAGCGAGUGGCAUUUGUGUCUCGAGCCCUGAAGUGGUCCGGGGGUGGGUCUGGGAAGCUGGGCCACCCCCGGCUGCACCAGCUCCUGGCCCUCACGCUGUGGAAAGAGCAGAACUACUGUGAGUCCCGGUACCACUUCUUGCACUCUGCCGACGGGGAGGGCUGUGCCCACAUGCUGGUGGAGUACUCCACGUCCCGAGGCUUCCGCAGCGAGGUGGACAUGUUUGUGGCCCAGGCCGUGCUCCAAUUUCUAUGUUUAAAGAACAAGAGCAGUGCAUCUGUGGUCUUCACGACGUACACGCAGAAACACCCGUCCAUUGAGAACGGGCCUCCGUUCGUACAGCCCCUGCUCAACUUCAUCUGGUUCCUGCUGCUGGCUGUGGACGGAGGCAAGCUGACUGUGUUCACAGUGUUGUGUGAGCAAUACCAGCCAUCCCUCAGGAGGGACCCAAUGUACAAUGAGUACCUCGACAGGAUAGGACAACUCUUCUUUGGCGUACCACCCAAGCAGACGUCUUCCUAUGGAGGCUUGCUAGGGAACCUUCUGAGCAGCCUCAUGGGCUCCUCGGAGCAGGAGGAGGGCGAGGAGAGCCAGGAGGACGGCAGCCCCAUCGAGCUGGACUGA